CGACAAUGAUAACGAAUCUCCUUCGACUGUGAUUUCGAUUUCUUUCUUCUUCUUCCUUCACUUUUUCUCGAUUCAAGUCUCAUCUUGUAUUUACCCUUUCUCGAUUCAAAACUCAAUGGCUCAAUCUCACUAAUUCAGCAAAGUGAAAUGGGUAUAUAGUUUCGCACUUCUUGUGAAACCUCUGGUUUGAUUCCGGUUUCGGAGCAGAGAUUGAUCCUCUCGUUAACUUCACAGUUCUUGUGGAACUUCCGAUUUACCUUCUGAUAUCGAGCCCUAUCGUUAACUUCAAAGGGAAGACAAGAAUCCAAGUUUCUUAAGUAUCUUGUCGACUCUGUAUGAUAUGGUCAGACUCAGUGAUUUGCCUGAUGAGUUGCUGUUGACGAUAUUAUCAUUACUUCCAAUAGAAGUUGCUGUAUCCACUAGCGUCUUGUCUAAGCGAUGGAAGUUCCUUUGGAUGUCGUUGCCUAAACUUGAGUACAGUACUAGAAAUCAUCCAGACUCUGCAGCACUUGGGGAAUUUAUUUACAAGCAUCUGUCAUUACAUAGAGCUCCGGCCAUAGAAAGCUUGCGUCUCGACCUCAGUCCACAUAUUAAUCCUGAAGAUAUAAAACGCUGGGUUAGGAUUGCAGUUUCUCACAAUGUACGUGAGCUGAAUAUUACUUAUGAUUCAGAUAAUGGAAACAUAUUCCCAGGCAGCUUUUACACCUGCAACUCGCUCGUGGUCUUGGAACUCGGAUACGUGACUCUCAUGGAUGUUCCCUCAAGUGUUUGUCUUCCCUCUCUGAAAACCAUGGAGCUUGAAUGUCUUGUAUACGCUAAUCAAGAAUCUCUUCAACGGCUUCUAUCUAUAUGUCCUGUUCUUGAAGAACUAUCGGUGCGUCUUGGUGGUGCUGGUGAUAUAAAUAUGAGAAAGUUCAGUAUCGUCGUCCCGUCUUUGCGGAGUUUAUCACUCUUAAUGUUUGAUUUGUGGUGGUUAAAUGCGUAUGUGAUAGAUACUCCUUCUUUAGAGUAUUUCAAACUUGGCGAUAGGAUUAAUAUGGAACACUACUCUGAGUUUAAUAUGCCAAAGUUGAGGGAAGCAUAUGUUGAUGCUCCUUUCCUUGAUCUCAAUGGGCUUAUUACAUCAAUCACAUCUGUUAAGCGUCUUACUUUAUGCUCAGUGCAUGAGUAUGGUGAAGGUUUUGUCCUCAAGCACCUUGAACAUCUGAAGCUAUGUGAGUGCAAAAAUGAUUCGUUGGAUAACCUUGGCGAAUUGCUCAAAGGUUCUCCAACUUUACGAGUGUUAGACAUCUGUGUAUUGAAAGAUCAUGACAAUCAUGGGCUUGAUGAGUAUAGCGGUUUCUGGAAUCAACCGAGUCGUGUUCCUGAAUGCCUCUUGUCGAGUCUACAAAUCCUCAACUGGUCAAGAUACUUUGGGAGACCACAUGAUAGAAAGAUUGCGGUUUACAUCUUGAGAAACGCUUGUCGCUUAAAGACGGCAACAUUCUUUGCUGAUAGAGGGUAUUAUGUGUCAAAUCUUGAGAUGAUCAAGGAGUUGACACUUUCUUCCCGAGCUUCAAGCACAUGCGAACUGGUGUUUGUUGAGGAUGAUAGAGAAUCUGAAUCAGAAUCAGAAUCUGAAUCUGAAUCUGAAUCUGAAUCUGAAUCUGAAUGAUGGUAUAGAUUCACCAGGGAAAGUGUUUGAAGGAGAAAAGCAGUAGAUUCCGCAAAAAAAUGUUAAGACUUGGUCGUAUAUAUUGUUGUAUGGAAACCCCAAUUGUUAGAAAAAGCAGAUUUGAAGACGUUCAAAAAAACAAAAAAAAAACAGAUUUGUUUGUAAAUAUUGUGCUUGUUGUUCGUCAGCAAAA